GGAAAACUGGUUGAACAUAAGUGAACACUUCUUACACUUUACACGAUUGUAUAUAUGGAAAGAAAUGACAUGGAAGAUCAUUCUACAAUAGAAGAAAGUGGACCAAUUCGUAGGAAGAAAAGAGUGGCUUUCUUAAAGCUAUUGGAACAAGUUCAAAUCACAGGAGUACCUCAAAUUGUCACAACAAAAGACAGAAAGAGCAAGACUUAUAAAUUAUUGGUCUUUGUUUCGUGUCUUACAGGUUUCAUCAUUCAAUUAACAUUAUUUAUGCUAAAAUAUUUAGAAUAUCCCACCAGUUUAGAAGUAUAUGUUAAACAGAUAGAUAUUAAAGACCUUCCAAAGCCCAUGCUUACAGUUUGUGAUUUGAAUGGGUAA